GUCUUGGCUGCGCACUUGAGGUCAUUUUGGUUGGCCGGCUGCUCCCGGGAACGUUCACCACUGUUCCAUGGUUUCAGCAUUUGCGAAUACUGGCUCUCACUGUGGUUGGCUGGAGUCCCAAAGCUUUAGAAAUGGCUUUAUGACCUCUUCCAGAGUGACAGAUGUCAAUUCAUGUCAUUUAUGUUUUACAUGAGUAAAUAUUCACACGGCCUUCUCAGCGCUGUAUGACGUCUUAGCGUUGGCAUCCUUUCAUGUUUCCCCAUGUGGCCCCCCGUGAAAAGGUUUGGACACCCCUGCAAUAAAAUGUGAGGCUACUCAGCCGGCAGUCAUGUGACAUGUUGCUGCGGUAGCCCCGCCCCGGCCUCAGCCGCUCCCCUCCUAGAAGACCCGCACUUCUUCACAUCCACACACCACAGCAUUACACGGGGUGGGAUGGUGGCAGGAGAAGUCCAGAGACUGCCCGAGGGCAAACGCCUCCCAAGGAGGUUCUCCAAGACACCUCCUCAUCCGGACCGGAGAGCCUCCCCCAGAAGCCGCAAGAAGCUCCAGGUCAUCAUCUGCGUUCUGCUGGUGGAGCUCCUGGAGAGAUUCACCUUCUUUGGCAUCGUGUGCAACAUGGUUCUCUUCUGCACCGUCAAGCUGGGCUACGACAACUACCUGGCGGCAACCGUCAACCUGUGCUUCAUCGGAGCCAGCACCCUGACCCCCGUGCUGGUGGGGUGGUUUGCUGAAACCUGUCUGGGGAGAACCAAAGUGCUGUACCUCUCCGCUUUCCUCCAUUUCUUUGGCACGGCCAUGCUGCCCGUGGUGGCGUUUCCUUUUGAAGACUUCUACAUCGACAUGCACCAUAUGAGCCAUAAGUUGGACCCUCAGGAGCAGCAGGCCCUGUUCUACACCGGCCUCCUAGCUGCCGCCCUGGGCAUCGGGGGCAUCCGGGCCAUCCUUUGCCCCCUGGGGGCGUACAGCUUACAGAGCUACGAUCAAUAUCAGCUGCUGGGCUUCUUCAACUGGUUCUACUGGUUGGCUAACCUGAAUUCCACUGUUGUGUUUCUGGGUAUUGCUUACAUCCAGCAAUCUGUGGCCCAAAAUCUGGCUUUCCUAAUCCCCUUCGCCUCCGCACUGCUGGCACUCAUCGCCAUCCACAUGAUGCGCCACAAGCUCACCUACAAACCCAAGAAAGGCGGGUCCCUGUUGACCACCCUGGGGGUUUUCUUGAACUCUCUGAAGAUGUGCUGCCUUCACUAUCGCCACCUGAGUGGGGAUGUGCCGUCAUGGCUGGACCGGGCCAAGGAGAACAACGGCGGCCGCUACAGUGAGACUCAUGUGGAGAACGUCAAAGUCCUGGCCAAGCUCUUCCCUCUUUAUGGCCUUCAGCUGUUGUACCGAGCCUGCGUCACUCAGAUCCCGUCCGGGUACUACAUCCAAACCAUGAACUCAAACCUCCACCUGAACGACGUGCUGUUGCCGAUGGGGACCAUGAACGUGAUCAGCAUCGUCCCUCUGCUGAUGCUGGCCCCCCUGAUGGAGUGCGUCACCACCUUCUCUCUCUCCUUGGCCAAAACGCCGCCCGCCCCCGCCAGAGUCAUCACUCUCGGACAUGCAUGUGCAGCUCUCUCCGUCCUGGUGGCGGGUUUGUCGGAGCUGCACCGGAAGGCGUUCCCCCUGGUGGAGCAGACCCUCUCCGGGAAGGUCCUGCAGGUGUCCUCCAUGCCAUGUUUCCAGCUGGCGCCGCAGUACGUCUUACUGGGGUUGGCCGAGGCGCUGGUCACGCCCGCAUGUUCCCUCAUAUCUUUCCAGCUGACCCCCGGCCACAUCCGAGGAAUCUCCUUGCACUUCCUCACUCUGUCCUAUGGGGGGGGCUGCUUCCUGGGGGCCCUGUGCAUUCAGCUGCUCUACCUGCUGUCUGGAGGUAACUUCUACCCGACCGUGCUGCAUGAUGGGAAUCUGGAGAGAUUCUUCUUCCUGAUGGCCACACUGAUGUUCAUCAAUACUUUUAUGUGCCGGACUGUAGCCCACAGAUACUUGGACUUGAGUGUGCGGGGUCAAGCGCUGCCCAUCAGCCCGCUGACGGAGAAGCUGCUGCAGUACAAAGCCCGCCUGCGCUACUAUGACACCUUGGACGACUCCUACGCAAACAACUCACACGACACGCUGUGACCGUCAUCUGGACAUCCUGUGGCGCUGGCGCUGCUUACCACUGUCUCAUUUGACCUUGAUGUCAUGACCUGGGAAGACAUGAAAGUAUUUAGCCACAUGGGCUGUGUAUGUUUAAUUGCUUUGCACAGGGGGUGUCCAAAAUGCAGAAAGAACAGCCGACUGAAAUUGAUACUAGUUUGUUGACAAAUAUCAAACUGCCCCACGCAUGCUUUCAUUUUUCACUAUGUGGCCCUCA